CUGCCCCGUCACGAUGCCUGCUAUCCGAAGAAGCCUGCAGGCACCCAGGCCCGACGAGCCUUAUCUGACUGAAGGCCAUGAUGUGAUCCCUAAGAUCGAAGAAGCUCUUGGGCGAAAUAAGGGCAAGGGCGAUAUGCUGCGUAUAAUGGCCAUGGAUAUCGGAGAGGCCUGGUUUAAUAAGGAUGAUGCCAGCCGCGUCACUAGGAUGGCGAUCUUUGGUUGCGAGAUCCUCCUGCUUAUAUGGUCUAUAGAGGGGUGCAGCCAAGCAGGAGGGAGAGGGGGUUCCUCAGGGCCCUUAACGGCGGCUUGCAUGACGAGUGGCUCAAGGAUAUCCGGUGGCAGGCCAAGGAGGUACUGGAGAAGACCGAGAACCAGGCUGGUCAUGGUCUUGGACCACGAGAGCGCGAAGACGGGGGGAUGUCGUACCGCGAUGUGGAUGGAAGCGGGGUAAUCGCGGGGUUUGGAGGAAAAAUGUAUUGAGUUUUGUGUGAGUUUAGUU